GGCAACUGCCAAUAUGAUGGCAGUGAUCCCUAUGUGAACGUUUAGCUUGAUUGUCAUGUUAUUACUCGGAGGAAUGCUAAGUACAAGUCAUGUAGUAAGUAGGCAAUGGGUAACGUCUUGGCAGCUGGAUCCCCAAGUCCCCCUGUUGGGGCUGCUGGCACUGGGCUGGUCUCUGUACCCCCAGGUUUCACCAUGCCACCUGUCUCCACACUUACGCCGCAAACAGAUAAACCAGCAGCCAAACAGGAAAACCAGUUACCGAACCCAGGCACAUUUGAGGAAUGUCACAGAAAAUGUAAAGAAGUUUUUCCUAUUCAGAUGGAGGGAGUGAAGCUGAUUGUAAAUAAAGGUCUUAGCAAUCAUUUUCAGGUAAACCAUACAAUCACACUCAGUACAGUUGGUGAAUCGAACUAUCACUUUGGGGCUACAUAUGUUGGCAUGAAACAACUCGGCCCUACAGAGGCAUUUCCUGUUAUGGUGGGAGACAUGGAUAAUACUGGAAGUUUAAAUGCUCAGAUUAUUCAUCAGCUAACAGACAAAGUACGCUCAAAAAUUGCAAUUCAGACCCAGCAAUCUAAAUUUAUAAAUUGGCAAACUGAUGCAGAAUAUAGGGGAGAAGACUUCACUGCUGCUAUUACUCUGGGCAAUCCAGAUAUUCUGACAGGGUCAGGUAUCAUUGUUGCUCAUUAUCUACAGAGCAUUACUCCGAAUCUGGCUCUAGGAGGAGAACUGGUAUAUCAUCGUCGAUCUGGAGAGGAAGGAACAGUUAUGUCUCUAGCAGGCAAAUAUACAGCCAGUAACUGGAUUGCAACAUUAACGGUUGGACAAGCAGGAGCCCAUGCUACAUACUACCAUAAAGCCAAUGAACAGUUACAAGUUGGGGUGGAAUUUGAAGCCAGUACAAGGAUGCAGGAUACAAGCAUGUCAUUUGGUUACCAGCUAGAUUUACCAAAAGCAAACCUUCUUUUUAAAGGCUCGGUGGAUAGUAAUUGGGUCGUUGGGGCCACACUGGAAAAGAAGUUGGUGCCUUUACCACUGACCUUAGCAAUGGGAGCCUUCCUGAACCAUAAAAAGAACAAAUUUCAAUGUGGGUUUGGCCUGACCAUUGGGUGAAUGGAAAUGGACUGAUUGACAAAUACAGACAGAUAAGUGGACUUGCAGACGGACAACAGAGAAGAGCACAUAUGGCAACAUAUGGAAAAGAUACAAACACUGUUUAAAAAAACUCUUCCGUGUUGGUUUGCAUUUUCUUUUUUUAUUUUUAUUCUAUUUUAUUUUUUACUGAAUGUACUGAAGAUAUUGUCAUCUGACUUUUGGGCUUGGGUAGGGUGGUUACUGGAACAGCAGGGAGGAAAUGGAGGAAUUUAAUGUUCCUCCCCCACCGUCACAAUGGUUGUUUGUCCGUGUGUGUAUCUGUGUAUGUAUGUAUAUAUUUUAUAUAUGUAUAUAGACACACAUACAUAAGAAUAUGAAUGACUGUAUGAAGAUAAACAACACAUUUCUAUAA